GCUAUCUUCAUCAUUUCACCAAUCUCUGUCAUAAGUCAACAACUACAUUUAUGUCAGUGCCUGCCUCCCGAAGAGCACAACUAUAUGACCUCAACAUCAGGGCAUGGAGCGGAGAGCUGGUUUUCCGAGUCUCUGCUAAGCCUGACUCCUCGUUAAAGAAGAACACCGCUUUUAUCAAAAAGGUCAGAACUUCCAUACAUCACGAACAGAAAGCCAGUAUUCUCCAGGAUAUCCAGUUAGUGUCGCUCGAAAAAUACCUUUCAGAGAUCAUCGUGGCGGUUUCGGAGGGGCUACGCAAAGUCACCAAGAACGAUGACAUCUGGGCAGCUGUGGAGGUGAUUUCAGCGCUACACCAGCGGUUCUCCAGCCAAUUCACUCCAUACUUGUUGGUCAACAUGCUCACAGCAUUGUCUACCAAGCAGAGUGGCGUAUUGGUGUCAGAGGAGGUGUAUAGAAGCAGAGCCAAGAGUCUUUUCAACUUAUUGGUAGAGUUCUUUUGCGUGGGGGUAUUUCGAACCUUGAAAGAUUGCGACAAAGAGAUCAUUCCCGAGCCCAUCCUUGCCAAGUUCGGCAAGUCUGCAUCCCAGCCGAUUUUGGUUUUGGUACUAAAGGAUUUAUUGAACUAUGAGUUCACAGAAGGAGGCUCGCUACCAGUGGCAGUGUCUUUUGUUAAACGAUUCUCAUUUUUACUUGAAAAUGAACAACAACCCGAGCUAAAUAUUCAGGAAGUUUUGUCUGUGAUCUUCCGUAGAUACACUGAGGUUGUGCUCGAAAGAGCAAAAGUUUUGGCGGACCAGGUUCACAAGUUGGAAGUACGAAACCAUAAAGCAUCUAUUAGAACUGGUAAAUUCUUGGAGGAAAUCGUGACAGAACUAGAGGAGACAAGUGAACUUUUCGAAAACUUCAAGGCUGCUGGGAUUACGCUAGGAGAGGCCUUGGAUAUGCCAGUUCCCGAAUUUAGUCAAGCGACAGAAACCCUUGAAAAUUCUGAUGCAGUGGUAGAGGUUGUUAAGAGCAAGUCAGGCAAUGAAGACGACAUGGAAGGAGUUUGGGAAGACAUCAAGCAAAAGAAUUUUUACACCAAGAUUCCCAAAUUGUCGGAACUAGAGAAAACACUUCCAGAACAGUUUGAAGAAAUAAAGACGUCGCUGUUAGAUGGUGAAAAGAUCUCUCUCUUUCUAAACGAAAUGGAUGAGGUGGACGAUUCCACCCUAGAGCCACUUGUGGUUCUUUUCAAUGAAUUGAACAUUAAUAACAAAGCUACUAGGAACAGGAUUCUCCGCUUUUUCAUGGACAGUCCUAAUAUGAGUACUUUGAGAUAUUACGCAAAAUUCUUGAAGAUCAAUGAGGAAAAUUUUAGUGAAUUAAUUGAGGAGUUGGUAGAUAAUUUGGAUAAAGGCUUCAGAAGUCAGAUCUAUCACAAUAGCAUUAGUUUCAGGUAUAUUUACUUCUUCGUGGAGAUGAUAAAAUUCAAGUUGAUCCCUACACAUGUUAUUUUUCACAAAAUCCGUGUUUUGACCAUCAGAAUAGGUGAUCCUGGUGCCAUCGAUCUUUUGUCAAUCCUCUAUGAACGAGUCGGAAGAUUCUUGCUCAAUGAACCAGAGUAUAAAGAGUUGAUGCAAGAGAUGGUCGAAAUACUCAAACAGAAACAAAGGAGUGCUCACGGAAUAAACGAAAAGUUGGCCAUUAAUAACCUAUUGAUUAUAAUUGAUCCCCCUAUCAUUAAAGUUAAUCAGGAGAAAAAGGUUGUAUUAACACCUAUCCAACAAUUUGUGUACCGGCUAGUUAGAGUUGAACUCAAGCACUCAACAUUCAAGAUAAUCUUCAGUAUUUUCAAGGAAUUACAGUUGGAUUCGGAGGAGAUUAUUGGGCCUGUUUUGGAUUGUUUUACACAUCCCGAAUCAAUCAAUUACGACGACCUUCCUUUCUUGGCCAAAUUAAUUCCCUCGUCUAACAAGUACAAAUCAUUAAGGAUAAGAAUUAUAGAUACAUUGAUAGAACAAGUCAAGCGUGGAUUGGAGCUAAAUGAUUACAGAUCUAACCGUACCAGGAUGACCCAGAUAAAGUAUUUUGGAGAGUUAUAUAAUCAGGAAUUGUUGAGCUUCAAAACUAUUAUAGAUUUGAUGUACAAAAUCAUCUGUUCGGGCCAUCCAAACAAUCAGCUAUUGCCAGGUUACGAAGUUACUUCCGAUCCUCCUGACAACUUUUUCCGAGUUCAAAUGUGUUGCUCCUUAUUAUUGUCGAUGAAAGGCGAUCUAUUUGCGGAGUCUGGAAUAAAGUCAAAGCCUGCUAGGUCAAAGAAGUUCUCAUUGGCCAAGACCAUCGAAAGAAAGAAGGAAUUGUUGAAAGUUUUCCUCGUGUUCUUUCAAUAUUAUGUGUUCUGCAAAAAUGGACCAGUUCCAAUGGAAAUUGAAUUUCAGUUGAACGAUGUGUUUGUCAAGUACAGUCUGGUCUCCGAGAGAUAUAAUAGUUUCAAAGAGACUGUAGCAAGACUUCAGGAAAUUGUUCAAGAGAAGGGUUUACAGAAUGAUCUGAAUCGGGAAGAUGAAUAUGACGACGAAGACGAUGUCGACGACUUCGACGAUGAGGUUGACUUCUACGACGAAGAAGAUGACGAUAAUGAAGACGACGAAGAAGAAGAAGAUUUGGUUGAGGAAGAAGAAGACGAUGAGAAAGAAGAAGACGACGACGAAGAAGAAGAGGAUGACGAAGAAGAAGACAGCACAACUGAUGAAGAAUCCACAUCUGAAGGUGAAUCAGAAGAUUAUGAUGCUGAGACUCCUCCUCGCCGAGUUAUUACAGAAAAAGAAAAGCUCAAGAUUGCUGAAGAUAAACAAUUCGAGGAAGAUAUGGAGAGACAAUUCCAACAGAUGGUAAGUGAAUCGUACGAAUUAAGCAAGGGAAGCAGUGCGUUAGGGAAGAGGUUAAACAUGCCUUCAGUUUCUCAGUAUGCAAGGACUGAGGAAGUUCCAGUACAAGGAUCAAAGAUGUCUUUCAGCUUAUUGACCAAGGCUGGAAAGAAGACCAGCGCCAAACAGGUCAAUAUACCGACUGACACCAAUUUUGCAGCUACAAUAUUGAAGGAGAGAGCAAACCAGAAGCAGGAUAAAGCGAGAAUUAUGGAUUUGGUGUACGAAAUGGAUUAAAAAACUUUGUAAAUAUACUCAAUUAUUUAGUCACGUCCUCAGUGUGACCAAACAUGCUUGUUUCUCAGGAAGAAUUGUAUCCUCCAUUUUAUAGCUAUUUUACAACCUACGUUAAAGUGUAAAUAUCUUGUCGCAUAAGGGCAUAACUUGGUAUUUUAGUAGAACACCAUGACGUUUUAUAUUAUAAUACAGAAUAUCUUUGUUAUCGAGGUACUCUAAGGAACUCUCCAAAGC